GGUGUUUGUGUUCGGUGAAACGGCGCGAGCAGGGCGGAUCUGGUGUUAUUGUGCUUCCCCCGGAUGCGAUCUAUGAAAGCAGGGCUGGGUUUGAGGCGUGUUUUUCUUUGGCUAUGGUCGAAAUGUUCCUGCACUGAUGAGCUCUCGGUUUGUUGCAGUGAAGAACAUCGCGGGUGUUUAUUUUGUUUCACCUUCUGAUGGAGGCUGACGUCAAGCAAACUGUGUCCGCGCGCCGCGCAGGGACUAAAACCGAUCCCCUUCUCGCUCCGUCUGUCUCUUUUGGUGUUGUCUGGCAAUGAACUUUUACUUUUAAAGAUGAGUUUCUGAAUGCACGGUUGUUCACAAAGGCUUCGGAACGUUCCAGACGCUCUAUGGGCUUCGAUUUUUGUCGCUCCGAAGUUCACGAGCGUGCAGUUGAGUCGGAAGCUCUGUCGCGUGCGGUCUGUCUGUCGGUCGGUCUGUCUGUCUCAUCAAGCUUGCACGGGUCAGGUGCAAUCGCACUGACUGAUCUAAUGAUGUUCGGAUUAGAACACACCAUUGAUUUCAGGGCAGCUCAGAGUUCUGAAGAUUCUCUUGGAAAGCAUGUGAUGAGCCAAGCUCAGAAAAAGGUCUCCCUCAGCCAGAGCUGUGGCAAGGGCUGUAACCAUGUAGAUGGUUGUCCCCAUGGUAAAACCAUGGGUAGAGCUUGGACUGAGCAUUGCUUGAAGGAGGCCAAGGCACUAAAGCAAACAACCAGUAGAGACAAGCGAAAGAGACGACAGCACAUGGAAGGAUGGCUUCAUGAUGGAUGUAAGACAGGAGCCAAGUUAAAAAAGGCCAGGACUCUGAAGGUUGUAUCCAAAAAAGGCAAGGCGAAAGUAUCCAAGAAACUGAGGGAAGAACGGAAUAGGAAACUUUACCCACUACGACGAAGAAAUAAAUCAAAAGAUGAGGCCUUGAGUUGCCAUGUUCUGCUUACUCGCCUGGAGGAGGACGCCUUUGAGCAGGACAGUGAAUUUCCCGAAGAAGAGCCAAAUGCAGUUUCAAAAAGAAGUCGGCAGAAAAGGAGAAGCAAACCCAACCGAAGGCUAGUAAACGCCAAUAAAUUGUUACGUCUACCACCUAAAGCUAAAUAUGAAGCGAGUACGAAUACAGUUCUAGCUCAGGAGCCCCGUAAACGCCGGCUUGCCUCUCUUAACGCUGAAGCGGUUAACAGCCUGCUGCUGGAGAAAACAGAUGUACCACUAAGCAGCAAGCUCUCGAAAAAACAGCACCAUGAAAGAGCACCUGUUUUUAAUGAAACAGAUGAUGCAAAGAUUUGCUCCGUGUCAAAAACUGCUGCUCAAUCCCACAAGACUGAAACGUGCCAAAACUACAAGAAGGCCAAGAAGAGCAAGUCGGAGGAAAAAGACGACAACGAGCCGAGUCUGUACACUCCUACUCCGAGACGCCUCGCUGGACUCAAUGCUGCUGCUCUGCUGAAGCUCACAAGCUCCACUACAGGCAGUAAGCAGCGAGUAAAGACGGACAGUAAAGGGAUUUGUGCUGCAGGGAAGCAGACUGCGUGCUGUAAAUCCCGGGUACAGCAGCCUAAAAAGCAAGGACUCAAACAGGCUUUAUCUCAGGGUGGUAGUGCGACAUGUAAGAGCAAGGGAAGCGAGUGUAAACUGAAGUGGGACGGACCUGCUGAGUGUCACUGCUUAGCCAAACCAGGGUAUCAUUCUCAUGGCAUGAUGGGGUAUCCCAUUAAAGUGGUAAAAGAAGAGCAGGUGGAAGCCGAGCUUGGUCCUUGCUACUGCUGUUCUACAGAAGGCUCCGUGGAAUACUGUCACGGGUUGGCACUGUAUCUGAGCCAGAAGGCUUGCAGUGAGGCAGACGAGCACCCUGUGGCCUCAGUGAAGCAUGAAUGCCUGGUUGCCCCGUCUUCACUGGCCCACCCAACCCUCACCCUCAGUGCCCACCCAUGCCUGUGUGCAGACCCCUGCUACUCUAGUUACUAUGUUCACUUUGCGAACCACGGGCCUCGUUCGGUUUGUCUAAGUACACAGCCACUACCUUGUGCACACAGCUCCAUGUGUCCCAGCAGGGUCCAGGCGUCAAAGCUGCUGUCCUCCUCUGUCUCCCACGCCUCAGGAAUCUCGCACCCCGCCUUCUGCAGUUCAGUGCGCGCUCCGUGCUGCAGCGAGGGCUGCAGAGUUGGCAGUUACACUUUCAGCGCUAUGCAGCCGGUUACCAGCAGGGCGUGUUCUUACGCCACAGGCUGCUCUAACUGUCGCCAUCAAAUCAAAUCAGAAGGCUACUCUUCACCUCAAAGGGAUCAAAGUUCAUCUCUGCUCGUUCCACCAGCCGUGCCCCUUUCUGGCUGCCCGUUGCCUAGGUUAAGCCCAUCUUCCACGGUUCUGCCACGUCUUCUGUCCACUCUUGCAGACAACAGACGGACAGAGGUCAGGCUCCGAGGUCCAAGAGAAUGCCCUCAAAACACCAAACCACCCAAUGGCUCUAUUGGUGCAAAACCUAAAAAACUGUCCCAGAAACAGCCAGUGCCCAGCCCAGCAAGUGCCAAACAACAGAAAAAAGUACAUCGUCACCGCACCACAAAUGGCUGGCGUCCUUUUGGAGAACCCACAGAGAAAGAAGUCUUUAUUGCGGGGGAGGACGUGACAGCACUGCGACAGUGUUACGAAGGAGUAGAGCGAGAUGGAGAGGUGAUUCGCAUCAGAGACACAGUGCUGUUGCGCUCUGGACCGCGAAAGAAAUCUUUACCCUAUGUGGCUAAGAUAUCAGCUUUGUGGGAUGACCCUAAGACAGGAGAGCUGAUGAUGAGCUUGUUCUGGUACUAUAGACCAGAACACACACAGGGAGGCAGAGAUCCCAGCAUGCACUGUGAGAAUGAAAUCUUCGCCUCUCGGCAUCAAGACGAAAACAGCGUGGCCUGUAUUGAGGACAGAUGCUAUGUUUUACCUUUAGCACAGUACUGUAGAUUUUGUGCCUUGGUAAAGCGCCGCUCAGGGGGUGUGUCUGACAGCGUCCCCAUGGUGCCCCAGCCCUCUGACAGUGCUGUCCCCACUCACCGACUUGUGCCCGAUGACGUCGAUCCCGAACUGGUUUACUUAUGCCGCCAUGUCUACGACUUCCGCUAUGGCCGCAUACUAAAGAACCUGCAGUAAGGGUGCAAGCCUGCGUGCAGCGCACACACACCUGCACUUCACUAAUGAUGGAAAGCCUUCGUACUAAAAAGAUCCCUGUGCAACCUACUGGCCUUUUUGUUCUGAAACUCCUGAUUUAUUGUUGAAAUCACAAAUGAUCUGUUUUUCUUAUUAUUCGCUCAGGAGGGUGGACCUCAGGGAGGUCUGGGGCUGUUGGACAAGAUUAUUUAUAAACUGUCUCCACAUUCCCAGAGUGGCGGCGUCUAAAGCGAGUGCUAUAGAAGAACGGAAAUGACAGCUUUAUUGAGUUUUCGAUGAGAUAUAUAUAUUUUUUAAAAAUUCUCGUUUAGUUUUUUUUUUUUUUUUAAUGCUUCAGAAAAUUACUUUAUAAAUUUAGGUUUUAUUUACCCUUCCGUUUAAAAUCGGAAGGGGUUUUAUAUCUCUCUUUGGUGAUUUGUCUUGUACACUGGACUAUGACACUGGCUGGUGAAAUUAGAUGAAGCUGCCAUUUCACAUCAAGUGUAAUCAAAUACAAUUUCUUUAAAGUGUCGCUCAAGUUCUAGGCUCAAACAGAGUCUUUAAGAUAACCUAGUGCUCCUGUUUAGGAGAGUUUAGCUGGAAAAGAAAAAAAAAACCCGACAUAGUCGACACAUGCUCUUGUUUGAGGCGAAUGCUUUCUGAUCCUGUUUUUUUUCUUGAUGUGGGACUAAGUGUAGGAAAUUGUACCAUUUCAUUGAAUAGGCAAGUGACUGUCCAGUCCACCAAUGAAAUGUCUGUAAAAUUAGAUGCUCGUCUUUUUCGUUCGUCUUAUGUUUUGCUUUAUUGCGUGCAGUUCACUCUGUAAUGUCUGUCUUUUUCGUUCUUCUCACAUCUUGCUUUAUGACAUGCAGGUCACUCGGUUGGCAGCUAGUUUUGACCGAAACCUCUAAGAACUUAGCUCCUAUACUAAAGCCAAAGGUCAGUACAGUGCUAAUCUCUGUUCUCAUUAACGAAGCCCCCAGGAUCUCUGGAGAAACUUAACACUGAAAAUGAAUCGAUUUGACACGUUUAUGUGAUAAAAUCUUGCAUGUGUCCAUUUUCUCUUGCUUCUAGUUACCCUAGUUAAAGUGCACGAAUCCAUUCCUUGAUUUUCUUUUUCUUUCUUCCUCUGCUAGAAUUGUAAUUUACGUUUAGGUCUUCCUUUCUGAUUCUAUCGACACUGUUCAUGGCAGUGAUUUGGUCAGCAAGGAAGUGCACAGGAAGGAUGUCUUUACAAACCUUUUUUUUAAAUUUAUAGCGGAAUAAAAGAACGAACAAAUGGCGAAUUCUAACAACAGGAAAGUCGUACUAUAGAGGCUUUGCACCAUCACGUGAUCCCC